UUUUUUUUUUUUUUUUUUUUUUAACGGAGUGUUUGAAAGUUGUCAACAGAGGGAGGAAGACGACGACGAAGCAGCAGCAGCAGAAGAAGAAGAGGAAGGAGGAGAGCGGCUUCAAACCGACAGCAGAGCUCGGAGGAGGAGGAAUGGGCUGCAGCCACAGCAAGAAGAAAAGCAAAGGCAAGAAGGGCGAGAAGAACCAGAAAGACAACAGCUGCCGAGAUGAAGGAGGUAAACGGACUUCAGGUGAGCAGGAUGUCUGCCUGGAGAAGCAGCUGGAGCGGUUUGAGUGGCAGCUGAGGAUUUUGAAGGAAGUUCUCUCAGCCAAUGGGAACCCGGAGAGGGCGGAGCUACUGAAAGACCACGCCGAUGAAGAAGUGUGCGCCCUCGUCCUGGGCAUCCUCGAUAAGGUGAAAACGGAGACGACGGCUGAUUUGAACGUCCUGCACGAGCAGAAAAGUAAAACUGCAACUGAAGAACACGAGAGAAACCUGGAAGAGCUGCAGAAGAGACACGAACAGGAGAAAACUCAGCUGACAGAAACGUUUCAGGCUGCCGAGGACGUCCUGAAGAGUAAAGUGGAGGAGCUGAACGCAGAGCUGCAGGUUUACAACGAGCUGAAGAGGAGAGUCGAAGAAUCGACGUUUAAAAAGGACCUGCAGAGAAAUAUUCAGGCCCAUGGCAGCCCAGGUGCAUUCUGGGAGUCUGAGCAGGAGUCUCUGCUGUUUGUGAUCGAGAUGAAGAGUGAGCGCGUGCAGGAGCAGAGCAGGAAGCUGCAGCAGAUGGACGCUCUGAUGGAGAAGAAUUUGGCUUUGGAGGAUCAGAUCAUCCACAUCCUGCAGCAGAACGAGGAUCUGAGAGUCCGAAUAGACAACUGCCAGACUCUCAUCCAGCAGUUAUCGAAGGAGCAGCAGGACCUGAAGGUGGCGCUGGAGAGGCAGGCAGUGAUCAACCAGAAGCUUUCUCAGGAAAAAGAGCAGCUGAUGUUCAAGCUGAGACACAGAGACUCGUGUCCGACCAUCCACCUGCCCACCAUGGUGCAGGAGAUCGCACCCUGAUGACUCUGAUCACGCGGAUCCUGUGUCCCUCGAUGUAGAUAGAAACCAGACUCUGUGUUUGACUGCUCAGCGUCCCGUAAUUAUUCACAAGGUAACAUGCAGUCUGCCGGGUUUCCCGGGCUUAAAAGCUGCUCGUCCUACCGACCACCCGGCCGCGACGGAGAGCGACGAGUAGCGUCGUCGCAACUCUGCUGCUCUGGGUUCAGGUUUCAGGGCUUGGAGCUGGAUCCUGUCUACGUCAAAGCCUAACAACACACAACUGAAUAUUUCCUGCUCGAACUGCAACUCCACUGGUAAACGUUCCUACGCGAGCGUGCAGGUGAACAGGUUUCCAACCGAACAACAAGGACUUCAAAAUGAUUCUGGACCCACUACAGUCCCCGAAGUAGCACUGCUACAUGGACUUUAAGCUGCAUCCUGUGUGUACAUACUGUAUUGAGCCUCAGACUAUCCCGGGUUAAGGCGCGGCCACAAUGAUCUGUUGUGUUUGUCAAUUUACUGUUAAUUCUUUUCAGAUGAGGAGUAUCCGUUUACCGACAGAUUAUUGUGCGUUAUGACGGUUAAAUGAUUUUGGAAACUGAGAUACCUUUCCUCGUCAGUUUUUUUUUUCCCGUAAAAUCAAUCAAGUCAGAGGAAUUAUAAAACAAAGAAAGAUGGACAGAUCAGUGUGGCGGCAACCUAAAUGCUUGGUCACACCAGAAAGUCGCAUAGCAAAGUCAUUUGCCCAUCCUUGCGAAAUAGCUUGGUGACGUAGUGACUACUUGUGGGGAUAGUUGGCUAGCUACUGUGGCUUGUGAGCUAACUGGUAAAAUGCUAGCUAGCUAGCUAGCUAGCUGGUAACAUAAAAGCAACAAGACUGAAUACUUUCCUGUUUGUUUCCUGAACCUACACUUGUAAUUUGUUCUCAUGUUAAUGUGCUUCAAAACUAGCCAGCUACAAUAGCCUGCCAAGCUAGCUGGCUUGCUAACUGCCAGUUAGCUAUUUAGCUGGGAAGCAAACUAGAAAACAAGUUAGCAUCGUCGUUUCGAGAAACAUAUUUCUACCAUCUGCUUUUAUGUCGUGACUGACUGCAGACCAUGCUGCAUCUCGAAUAAUACGAUAUCUUUAGCGCCUCCUCGUUUGUUUUUUACGGUUCUCUCCAUUGGACUUUCUGGCUCUCUGUUCGCUCGAAUGUCAGCCCUGUCAACACUCGCACGUCGGAGUUUGUUUGAAGUUCACUAAAGUUGAGCUCUACGUGAAAACUCUGUAUUUACGUCACCUUUAUGCAGACUUACUUUGCCUCUGUGAACAGAUCCAGUAAUCGCAGCGAUAAUUUUGCUGUUUAUAGCACCUUACAGUUCUACGAUCCACCUGUUCGCUGAAGUGCCUGACACUCGUAUAAUGACUGAUCAUGUUGACGUGAAGCUGGAGCUUCUGAUUUUCUGGUUCCCAACCUCAAAACUCUUGAGGGUUCAAACUGGAUGAUGGCUACCAGCCGCCCACUCCACGACCUUGGCUGUGUCGACUCCACGGAGGAAGCCAGACUUGUCCGAAACGCCUCGCUUCCUGCAGGGUAACGCCACAGUCUUCUGCUGUCGGACGCUGAGCAGCUCCACGGGGGACUCUGAGAUUAAGUGCCUUGCUCAGUGGCGCACAUAUGGAAGUUAAGAGGGAACGGAGAGCGUUACUGAUCAGGUUUUCCCAUAAACUGACUGUCCUGAAGUUGUACAGCCAGCAGCGAAGCGUCAAGAAGCACUUGAGUUGAUUUUGUGUUCUGCUUCAUCUUGGAUGUCCGUUAGAGGCACUAAGGGUUCUUCCAAGAACUACUCGUGUUAAAGAAAGAGGAUUUCUUUAAGCAAGCUUCAAGUGUUCCUAACCGUUGCAAUCUUAAGAUCCCCCUAAAGGUAUUACAGGUCUCCACGAGGCGGCGUGUCCACUGGAGGUUGUUGUAAGGAGGACUAUAAGGAGUCACAAGCGGCUUAGAGAUCCUCAAAAUCAAACGUGACCUUUAGUGAUUCAUCGAGGACCCUCUCAGGUUUCCCUCUGAUUUCUGAUUGCAAACUAGGUCUUGCUCAAAAUACUCAUAAAUUCAAUCUGUAUACCUGGACGUCCUGCUAGAAAGUUGCAGUGAGUAUGCAAACCCUGUGGAUUCACGGACCUGUCAACGCUAAACGAAGCCGGACCGUAACGCUCCCCCAGCAGAUUUAAACCUUAUCAACUGUGAUUUUUCUACUCCUGUUCAAACCUGAUGCCAAAUGUUUUGUCUUUUAUUGUAGUCGGUUUGUGUUUACUCCUUUUUGCUUUUACUCCUUUUCUGUUAGCGUGCCUUGCUUUAGGUUUUUCAUUGGUGUCGCGACUUCCUCACAAAAGCCUCUUGAUGUUAUUGGUUGCUGAAGUCAUCUGGCACCUUUUUAAUGUAGAGCUCUGUUCAUUGCUGCUGUUGGGGGAAGACGCCACUUCAGUGUCAGUGUGUUUAUACGUAUAUAUCUCUAUCAGGAGUUGAAAAAACAAACCACACUGAGCUCUUUUGGGGUUUUAAAAGUGUUUUAUGAGCCUCAGAAUCAAAACAUUAUCUCAACACGCAAUGGGCUGUUUUUUAGUUUUAGUCAGUAAAAAAAACGACAACUAGCUAAAUGAAUCUUAGUGUUUUAGCAUGCUAACAUCUUGGCUCAAGGGGUGCCAGUUUAAGUUGGUCCAGAGCGAAACCGCAUGAUAACUUGUGGAUUUGGGUUGCCUUUAAAUUUGUUACCAAACUUUCUUUCUCCACAGGAGAUGAAUCCUCGCAAUUUUGUUGAUCCCCUGACUUUUCAUCUAUCGCUCCAAGCAGGUUUUUUUUAUCACCCAAUGCUUCAGUACAUACCUGUAGAACAAAUGACAGAGUCCCUGUGAGCUUUCCUGUACUUUGAGAUUAAUGCUAACACGCCAUGCUAACAUGCUAAUGUCAGAAUUCCAACUUGCUAAAAUACUAUGUUACCAUACACAGUGGAAACAUGUUAUAUGCUAAAUGUGAGCUUGUUACAUGCUAACUGGUAGUAUAUUAACAUGGCAAAAAAAGCGAAAUUCAUCCAUGCAUCCUCGCAAAAUACCUGUAGGUGACACUGGGGUUUGGGGUUUGGUGACAUAGUUAGCUCUUGGGGGGCUAGUUGGCAGGCUACUGUGGCUGGAGAGCUAACUAAUUAUGUGCUAGCUAGCUGGUAACAUGCUGGCACUAGCAAGCCAAAGUAGCUCACAAAGUUAGCUGGGUUGCUACCAGUUAGCCAAGUACCAGUUAACAAGCUAAACAGACAGGGACAUACUGUGUUGGUACCAUGAACUCCUGUCGCAGGGUUGUAUAAAAUGAUAUGAUGCCACUCCGCUAAUGUGAUAGCUUCCGCCAUUUUGGACUAUUCAGCUCUCAGUUCCCUCAAAGGUCAGCACUGCUGAAACACUUAGCAACUAGCCGUUAACAGCUGUGUUUACUGUCGUAGAGGUUUCCAUUGUCUAAUGUUUAAAGCUUGUUUUAAGUUUUACAUCAAGAACUACUUGAUAAACAAUCGCAGCACAAUGAUCACUGUAUACGUCUUUUCUUUAAAAAGCUUGAUAACUGUCAGUUUGGGAUGUAUUGUGUUUUUUAAAGAUGUGAAAAAUAUGGCCAUGUUGUCCAGUUUAGUAAUUUUUCUUUUUGUUAACGUGACGAUGGAUUUAUGGGAUGUGACCUUCGUAUUGCCAAAAAAAAAAAAAACUUUUGUCAGUGUUUUGACAAUUUCUUCUCCUUAUGCACCAGCACUUUGACCAGUAUUUUACCAGGAGUUUGUAUAAGAGAGAUUUCCCCAUGUUGUAUAGUCAGAAUUUUCUUGGCUUCUUGCGUGUAAACACGUUUAAUCUUUUCUUCGUUGGAUUUCCUUUUUGAUUUUUUUGGGCUUGACUAAAUAAAAAAGCUGCAACUAAAACUGA